CUUAUGUAUGAUGGCUUCCCAGGAAGAUGAUGUUGAUGAUCUUGAAAGUUGGGAAGAUUUAACUGACAAUGGGGUAUUAGAAAAGAAAUUACUGAAACUAGAAUCUACAACAGAGAAAGAACCAGGAAGUGAUACAUGCGGCGAACGGCCGACCGUGACGGAGGACACACAUCGUACGCAGUAUCAGCCGCAAGCCGGUCAUCAUGACAAUACAGCCAGAUACCACCAUCGCAGUCGGCAAGACGAGAGACCCAAAGACACCGGACGGGACAACGGGAUUUUCGAUAGCAAGAUAGCCGGCCGCGCGUUUUUUUCGCGCGAUAGGAAAUUCAAAUCGGCGUCGUUCGUCCGCUGCCCCCGCUGCUGCGUUCUCCCGUGCACCUGGCCAGAGCUACCGCUACUUACACUGCUGCUAGGUCAAUGAUCGGUAUAGGUCAUCAUCAAUAGCUUUGCCGACACUUUUCGUGUGUAAGAGCAUUGCGACUGACUCGUUAUCGGAACACUGAACAAUUGUAUAGUCUCGCUCUAACCAUGGGUGCAGUGUAAGUUGUAAUAUUCCACUUAAAAAUGAAGAUAAAUAUU